AUGACGAAUUACACCUUCCUAUACACGAGCUUACCCGACCUCAGCUGCCACCUCAACACGCAGACAGGAUGCGGAGACAUUGGUACCGGCAUCGAUUGUGACCCAGGCCCUAAUCCCGUUUACUUCAACUGCAAACUAAAUAUCGACAUACAAAAUGAAACAUCCUAUAGUUGCAACGCUUGUGUCAAUGAUACAAUGGAUUCUUAUAACAAUACUGUAUGUAACACUGGAUUUAAGCUGAACAUGUUCACAGUGGUUUUCGAAAAAGCGUUAAAAACACUGUGGUUACGCUUACCAAGUUUGGACUUCUGUGAAUGGAACGAACUCUUGUGCACGAGUGAUUUCAAUAGGACGUUGUACAUCGACGUGUCGAAUAGCAGUGUUGUAAAUAAUACAAUUGACGCUUUUCAGUGUAGUUGGAAUUACAGGAAUAUAACGGAGAGUGAUAGUGAUAAAUCGCAAUAUGAUUGGAGUUUUUUAUUUGUAAUAUUGUUCAUAGUGGCCGGUGGUGUUGGCAAUAUAUUGGUGUGUUUGGCAGUAUGUUUGGACAAACGUUUGCAGAACGUCACCAAUUACUUCCUGCUUUCGCUGGCGAUAGCUGAUCUGCUGGUCAGUUUGUUUGUGAUGCCUAUGGGUGCCAUUCCAGGAUUUUUAGGUUACUGGCCCCUGGGAGUGGUGUGGUGCAACGUGUACGUGACCUGCGACGUGCUGGCCUGCUCAGCCAGCAUCAUGCAUAUGUGCUUCAUCAGCAUUGGAAGAUACCUUGGCAUAAGAAACCCGUUGAAGAGUCGCCACCAUUCCACCAAGAGGGUGGUGGUGAUAAAGAUCGCUCUCGUAUGGCUUCUCAGCAUGUUCGUCUCCAGCUCAAUCACUGUGUUAGGGCUCAUGAACAGAACCAACAUAAUGCCGACUCCGGACCUCUGCGUCAUCAACAACCGUUUCUUCUGGAUCUUCGGCUCCCUAGUCGCAUUCUACAUCCCCAUGCUAACUAUGGUCGUCUCUUUCGCACUCACCGUACAGCUGCUGAAGAGACAGGCGAGGUUGGCGGCUACACCCGUCCCUGGUGGAAUGCAAAGGAGGCAAUGUGGAGGCUUUGACAACGGACCUAUCCAGGGCGUUCGAAGGACCGGCACCAGGAGCUCACCAGACCUGUCUCCUGGGACAUCAGUAUCCAGGCAACUCACGUGGAGGGUCACAAGUAGUACGAGAACAGCCCGCAACAAAGUCGGCAUGAGCGUCUCUCAUCCACAACUCAGCUACAUGAACGGCUGCGGCACAGGCGGGAACUCUAGCGGCGCCAGGAGAGGACGAGACGUCGCCACUCAGACCCCUCCUAGUAUAGCCGCUGAAACCAGACGAGCCAGACUGAGACCAUUGAAACUAACGUUGGCAGCCCCUAAUGCUCUGACUUUAAGAUUCUUAGCCAAUCGGAAGAAAGGACGUUCCCUGUCCGCAAACGCGGUGGCCAAUGAGCAGAAGGCGACUAAAGUCCUCGGGCUGGUCUUCUUCACCUUCGUGUUGUGCUGGGCGCCAUUUUUCUUGCUCAACAUGCUGUUCGCCUCGUGUCCUGCUUGUAUAGUUCCAGAACACGUGGUGGACAUCUGCCUGUGGCUGGGCUACGUCUCCUCCACCAUCAACCCCAUUAUCUACACAGUUUUCAAUAGAACAUUCAGGGGCGCCUUUCUAAGGCUUCUAAGAUGUCAUUGUAACAGACGCGGCCGCUGCACCCGCUACCGUUCAGCCGGAUCCACUCGCGGCGCAUCGCAGCUCUGCGCCAGGUCGGCCCUACCUUUAGCCAUAUCCUUGCGGCCAUCGGGCAUGCAUACAUCGACUCCUGUGGGACAAGAGACGACGGAGACUGUCCUUAUGGAACAACCAAUGGACUACAAUGUGCGGUAUUAA